CACUUUAAACCAGCACUCGUCGUCGUCGGCUCUUCUUCUCUCUCCCCCCAAACCCCUCACUUUUUCUCUCUCUAAACUUGUCCGAAUUCUCAACCCAAUAGAGCUUGAUCAUCUUAUCUUUCUCUCUCUAAAAAAAGCACCAGUAAAUCUAGAUGACGAUGCCGGCGUCUGCCUCGUGGCAACCUCAGGAGGAAGGUUUCGCAGAGAUCUGUGGCUUACUCGAACAACAGAUGUCUCCGACUUCUGAUAAGUCUCAGAUUUGGCAGCAACUUCAACGAUACUCUCAGUUCCCCGAUUUCAAUAACUACCUAGCUUUCGUCCUCGCACGCGCUGAGGGUAAAUCUCUGGAGGUUCGGCAGGCAGCUGGAUUGCUUCUUAAGAAUAACCUCAAAACUGCAUUCAAAUCCAUGACUCCUGCAUACCAGCAAUACAUAAAAUCAGAGUUGUUACCUUGUUUAGGAGCAGCAGAUAGGAAUAUCAGGUCUACAGCUGGGACCAUUAUAAGUGUUCUUGUUCAGCUAGGGGGAGUUUUUGGAUGGCCUGAGCUGCUAGAUACCCUUGUCAAGUGCUUGGAUAGCAACGAAUUAAAUCACAUGGAAGGUGCUAUGGAUGCUUUGUCCAAGAUUUGUGAGGAUAUCCCUCAAGUGCUUGAUGCAGAUAUGCCUGGAUUGUCUGAGCGGCCCAUCAACGUAUUCUUCCCUAAAUUGUUACAGUUUUUUCAGUCACCACAUGCCUCGCUUAGAAAGCUAGCAUUGGGUUCUGUCAAUCAAUACAUUAUGCUGAUGCCCACUGUUUUAUAUAUGUCGAUGGAUAAAUACCUGCAAGGUUUAUUCGUUCUUGCUAAUGACACUGCUGCAGAGGUUCGAAAAUUGGUUUGUUCGGCCUUUGUUCAGUUAAUUGAAGUUCGCCCAGCUUUUCUGGAGCCACAUUUGCGGAAUCUGAUAGAGUACAUGUUGAUAGUCAACAAGGACCCUGAUGAUGAAGUGGCUCUUGAAGCCUGUGAAUUUUGGUCAGCAUAUUGUGAAGCUCAGUUACCACCUGAAAACUUGAGAGAAUUCUUGCCGCGCUUAAUUCCAGUUUUGUUGUCAAACAUGGUUUAUGCGGAUGAUGAUGAGUCACUUGUAGAAGCUGAGGAGGACGGGUCUCUCCCAGAUCGAGAUCAGGAUCUGAGGCCACGUUUUCAUUCAUCACGCUUUCAUGGAUCAGAGAAUGCAGAAGAUGAUGAUGAUGACAUAGUCAAUAUUUGGAAUUUACGGAAGUGCAGUGCAGCUGCUCUAGAUAUCAUUUCGAAUGUGUUUGGAGACGAGAUUCUACCAACAUUGAUGCCUAUAGUUCAGGCCAAGUUAUCCACUACAGAUGACGAGACCUGGAAAGAAAGAGAAGCUGCAGUUUUAGCUCUUGGUGCCAUAGCUGAGGGUUGUAUUAAUGGUUUAUAUCCUCACCUGUCACAGAUUGUCACAUUUCUUAUCCCUCUUUUAGAUGAUAAGUUUCCUUUGAUACGAAGUAUCUCCUGUUGGACACUUUCUCGAUUCAGCAGGUUUAUUGUUCAGGGAAUUGGUCACCAAGAGGGCCAUGAGCAAUUUGACAAAGUUCUUAUGGGGCUUCUAAGGAGAAUAUUGGAUGACAACAAGCGGGUGCAAGAGGCUGCUUGUUCAGCUUUUGCAACACUUGAAGAGGAGGCUGCGGAGGAGUUGGCGCCCCGCUUGGAAAUAAUUCUGCAACACCUAAUGUGUGCUUUUGGGAAAUAUCAGAGGCGAAACCUCAGAAUUGUAUAUGAUGCUAUUGGAACUUUAGCUGAUGCUGUUGGAGGGGAGCUAAAUCAGCCCACGUAUCUUGAUAUUCUGAUGCCACCAUUAAUUGCAAAGUGGCAGCAACUUUCAAAUUCAGACAGAGACCUUUUUCCGCUACUGGAGUGCUUUACAUCUAUAGCACAGGCACUGCGUACCGGAUUUUCUCAAUUUGCUGAGCCUGUAUUUCAGAGAUGCAUAAACAUCAUCCAGACCCAACAAUUGGCAAAGGUUGAUCCUGGUAAAGCUGGGACACAGUAUGAUAAGGAGUUCGUUGUGUGCUCGUUGGACCUCCUCUCAGGACUUGCAGAAGGUCUUGGUAGUGGGAUAGAGAGUUUGGUUUCACAAAGUAGUUUGAGGGACCUGCUUCUGCAGUGUUGCAUGGAUGAUGCUCAUGAUGUUCGGCAAAGCGCCUUCGCAUUGCUUGGUGACCUUGCGAGGGUAUGUCCCAUUCAUUUGCGCCCACGUUUGUCUGAAUUUCUUGAUGUUGCUGCUAAACAACUGAACACACCAAAGCUGAAGGAAACUGUUUCUGUGGCGAAUAAUGCAUGUUGGGCUAUUGGAGAAUUAGCAGUUAAGGUUCAUCAAGAUAUUUCGCCAAUAGUGAUGACAGUUGUCUCAUGUUUGGUCCCAUUUCUUCAGCAUGCUGAGGAGCUCAACAAGUCACUUAUAGAAAAUAGUGCCAUCACCCUUGGGAGACUUGCUUGGGUCUGUCCAGAACUUGUAUCACCACAUAUGGAGCAUUUCAUGCAAUCAUGGUGUACUGCCUUAUCUAUGAUACGUGAUGAUAUUGAGAAAGAGGAUGCCUUCCGAGGUCUAUGUGCAAUGGUCAGAGCAAAUCCAACAGGGGCUUUGAGUUCACUUGCUUUCAUGUGCAAAGCUAUCGCAAGUUGGCAUGAAAUAAGGAGUGAAGAUCUACACAAUGAAGUUUGCCAGGUGUUGAAUGGUUAUAAACAGAUGCUUAGGAAUGGAGCAUGGGAGCAGUGUAUGUCUGUUUUGGAGCCCCCAGUGAAGGACAAGCUGUCCAAGUAUCAAGUAUAAUACCUUUCUUAUAAUAGAUGUUGUCUUCUUUGAGGGUGUCCAUCUCCAACAAGUGCUGCUUCAGAGCUUGUACGUCCGCAUCUAUACUGAUGUCAAUUCAAGCCUUGUCUGGUUAUAGUGGAGCUGUGUUGUAAACACCAACAAAUCGUCAAGUUCUUUCACAAGCACCGGCAGGAUUCUUGCUCUAGUUUCCAUUGAAGCUUGAAGCUAUAUUUUUUUGUAUCCUUCAAAAGUGCCUACAAAUUAGAACAGUAGUUGAUUUGGGAAAAAGAAAUGCAAGGAGCUGAGGGAUGGGACUUGGAUAUGGUGUACAGGGGUGUGGCUUUUCUAGUUUCCAGAUUUUUUUUCUUAUUCUUUUCCGUCUUUAUUGGUGUCCUGAAUCUAAAGAAAAGGUUAUUCAAGCUUUAGAUUCACGUUUCUUCCAUCUCAGGUCAGAGUUUUCUUUGUUAUACCAUUCUAGUGGAUAGGUUCCACUCUCCCUGUCUCAGAUUUUGUUUUUGUUGCCAGGGGUGUCGAUUUUUAAUUGCUACCUUGUUCCAAUAUUUCAGAUUUUUUCAGGGAACAUUUAUUUACCAUUUAAGACGUUUCAAUUAUUGUUUGUUACAUGUAAUAUUUGGAUGGUGGGGACAAUAAAUAUGUUCUAGCCUUAGUUUUAUGAUUACAUAGAAGAAAGAGUGUGUUUUAAUCAAUGAGAUGUCUUUAGAUAUUUAACUA